UGUUUACGUUUAUACCGACUUGAACUUUGUACUUAAACAGUAUUUAAUCGUAUAUUCUUUCUGUGUUUUGUACAUCAUCACCUUCUCCGCCUGGAAACUAAAUAGGCUACGUGCUAUUGCUCGUGUUAAGAAAAAAUGAGGGUUUAUUAAGUCUACAUCAGGAGUCUGCACCUUAGGGUUCUCUAUCUCGCCUAUUAAUCCAAUAUCGGGAACCCAAUGAUCGGGUGAAGGGGGAAUAGGAUAAAGAUUUGUUCUGGCUGCUGAAAACAUAUACACGUGAAACCAUGAAUAUCCAACGAGGUUUAAUGUUGAUGGUUAGCUUGGUUGCUUCCAUCUCACCUUCUUUGGGAGCAAAAAUUCUAUGUGCAAUGUCUUCUGUUAUCAAUACUCCAAGUCAACACAUCGUCAUGUCCGCUGUCACAGAACCUCUGGUUGAAGCAGGUCACCAGGUAGUUCUGCUCGCCCCUAAAAACAAAAUAACGAAAGGCUUGUCCACUGGAGCUGUUACCGACAAGAUCUUCUUCGAAAGCUCCCGGACCAAGGCAGAACACGAGGAGUUCAUGAACAAUCUUACAGGAGUGCAACAUCAACUCAGCCAGAGCAAUCCCAUCGCAGUCUUCCAGCUCUUCAGGCAGCAUUUACAUCUGCUUGGAGAAGGAUGUUCCAACCUCUUCGAAGACCGUGCAACCUUGGACAGCCUCAAGAAGGCGAACUUCGAUCUGAUUCUCACCAUGCCUAUUGUGGGUUGUGAUGCCCUUCUGGCGGAAUACCUUAAAAUCCCUUUCAUUUUGAUUAGCCCAGCAAGACGGUCGUUGGUGGUUACUGAGGAUCACUUUGGAAUUCCAGUCCCUUCGUCCUAUGUUCCCUUCAGUAUCAUCUCAUCCUUCACUCAAUCCGAUAGAAUGCCUUUCAAAGACCGCCUACAGAACAUUCUCAUCCGCUGCGUGGCCCAGCCCCUGAUAGAAUUUAUCACUACUUACCGCCUAAGGGAAAUCAAGAAACAAAUGAACAUCCGUCCAGAUCUUACCCUGCGUCAGCUUAUGGGUCGGGCAGAGUUGGCGUUCGUUUAUUUAAGCUUCGCCUUGGACUACCCUCAGCCCCUUGCACCCAACUGGAUAUCCAUUGGGGGCAUCACGGCUAAGCCUUCUCAGCCACUUACUAAGAAUUUGGAAGAGUUCGUGGAAGGUUCUGGAGAACAUGGAUUUAUUAUUUUCACACUGGGUUCGGCUGUGACGUCACUCCAGAACGAGGGGUUGGCCGAAUCGAUCGCAAAGAUUUUCAGCGAACUGCCGCAGAGGGUGCUGUGGCGAUAUAAAGGAAGAAGGCCUGACAACGUGGGAAAUAAUACACUCAUAUCUGAUUGGCUACCACAGAAUGAUUUGCUAGGCCACCCCAAAGCGAGGAUGAUGAUCUACCACGGCGGAGCGGCGGGUGUUUAUGAAGCAACAACCCACGGCGUCCCUCUCCUCCUCAUGCCGCUGGCAGCUGACCAGAUGGGCAAUGCAGCCAGAGUAGAAGCCAAGGGAUUCGGACGGGCCGUUGAUAAGAAUACUUUAACCGAAGAAGAAUUCAGGGAGGCUGUCAACGAUAUCCUCACCAACCCUAAAUAUCGGACCAACGCAGCACGCGCAUCCGCCAUCAUGAAAGAUCAGCUAGCCUCGCCUCAAGAGACGGUAGUCUACUGGGUCGAACACGUCUUGAAAUUCGGCGGUGGCCAUCUCCGAUCCAGAGCUCUGGAACUCAACUUUCUCCAGCGAGAAUCUAUCGACGUUGUACUCUUUUUAUUGUUGGUGUUCUUGAUGGUGAUCUUCACCGUGAGGUGGGUCGUGUGCAGCUGCUGUUGCCGGUUGUGCGCAAGAAGAAACACAAAAUCAAAGAAAGACUAAGAAUUUCUUGGAUUUAGGCCUAUGAACACAUUUUUUCUUCCUAAAUGAUCUUAAUUGAAGGCAAUAUUUAUACGAACAACUUGGUAUGGGUAAAUUGGUGCUUGGUACACGUUGCUUCA